UGACCGUCUUGCUAUCACGAGGUGCGUUAUCUCUAGUACCGAUUUCCCCCACCCAAAUUCCCGCAACGGCCCGUGCCGAAGUCUUGCCAAACGUCGGGCACUCUUAAAAUACUAAGAUGCGAAUUAUUGUACACGCCCAAGUACAAUGGCAGUUAUUCACUGCUUUGUACCCACUGUUCAAGCACUCUCUUCCGCAAAUUAGACGAUCCUCUAGUGAAGAUCAGGACCUGAGAAUCCAAAACGCAAUUACAACAAUCCGCCAUCACCUUCUCGCAAUCCCUCUCCAAUUACAACAAGUCCAGCUGAACCAAGACCUGCCACAAGCCGAUUUUGAUAGAUUUUUAGAGGCUCUCAUAUUUUUGUUGAAUGUCUUUGAGCGUCUUGUUGAAGAAGAUGUUUGCCAACAUAUUUACAACCUCGGUACCGACGAACAUGACACAUGGUCACGGUCCCAGUAUCCAAAGCUCACAACAUUGAAGAACCUUCUACUGAAGUCGCGGUCUGGACCCGCGACCGCCGACAGUGACACGAACCUGGCAAGCGACUGGCAUGAACCAACAGAAUCCUCAAGCGAUAUACUAUCGGAUUUAGGGAAAUAUAUUAAUUUUCAUGGAUCUAAAUCAGUGCUGGAAUACCAAUACAUCUCACGCGAGAUAAGAGGAUUCAAUUCAAAAAUCAAAGACAUCUUCCACAGCUCUCUCGGAACCUCGGACGACAGUUUAGGGAAUGCUUUUCCACUUAGGGACGAUGAGAUCAAUUUCAUUCGACGAGCCCAUCGCCUAAAUUUACUGUCAAGUUCUCUAUUUGCAUUACUUGGGAAGAGCAUCGCUUGCUCCAAGGCUCAUACUGCCAGGUUACACCUCUCUGGGUUUCUGGACCCCGAUCUCACAUUUGAUUUGCAUAUUGCGGCCUGCGAGAAGAGGAUCUGGAAUUGUGCUAAGUGGUCAGUGAGCGUCCGACAAAAUGCGAUGAAAUUGCCCACAUUUUCUGUAUCGAUUCAGAGCACUUGAGAGAUGAAUCCAGAAGCAUACAGAUUGCAUUUGAUGACGGUGAUAUCUGGGAUGAUGCAGGCCAGGGGCCACCGCUGGAAUCAGCCUUUGUUCCUGAGCUCCUGCCAACACUCGGAGAACUUGUAUUCCGUGGGUCGGACA